UUUGUCCAAAAACCAAAAAAAAAAAAAAACAAGAAUGAAUGCUCAUGUAAGUAUAUAUUUAUACAGUAAGAAGGAGAAAUUACGUGGAGAUUAGGCAAGGUUUAGGCACAAAUUAUGAGAGAUGGUUUUUGCCUUGUCCAAUAAGAAGCCUUCACUCUCUCUAUCUAUAGCUACACCAAAGGCAAAAGCCUGGUAUCAAACCUUAACCACCUUCCAUCUCCAAAUCUGGAAUAUCACCAUUUUCUUCCCAUCUAAGUUACACUUACCUGCAAGAAAACCUCCAUUUGUAUUCCUUUAUGUUUCAACCAUUCCUCUCUCACUCUGUAUUCCGCGAUUUGCUUCACCGAUAUUCAAUGGACAACCAAGACCUCACCAAACAAAGAAAGGAGCAGGCGGACUCGGAUUUCGCCAUUAAUAACCUGCAAGAACAAGAGACGGCACUGUCAGUGCUCGCCACAAUCGAAAGCGAAACUGAGGACGAAGACGAAGAAGAAGAAGAAGAAGAAGAAGAAAUUAGCCAAGGCAAUUAUAAUUAUUACGGAUACUUCCAAGGUUACGAUUUCGAGGACGGCCUAGGGUUUCUGGACAGUGAUUACAGUGAUGAAGAUAUGGAUGAUAUUGAGGAAGAAGAUGAGAUCGAUCCAGAUGAAUUAUCUUACGAAGAACUGAUUGCUCUAGCAGAGUUUGUUGGAGUGGAGAAGAGAGGAUUUUCGUUGAAUCAAAUCUCGAAUUGCCUGCGAUCGUCAAAAUUUGGACCUGAGGUUGGCGGAAUAAUCGAUCGGUGCGUGGUUUGUCAGGUCGAGUACGAGGAAGAGGAACCGCUGGUUGCUCUGCCAUGCGAGCAUCCUUUCCAUUCGGAUUGUAUCAGCAAAUGGCUACAAAUCAAAAAGGUUUGUCCCAUUUGCGCCACUGAACCGUCGUCCUCGCCGCCCGACAUUUAGUUAAUUACUCUUCAUUUAAUUAUUUCCUUAAUUGUAAAAUUAUCGCGCUUAAUUACCAAUUAACAUAUAUAAACUCAUUGUACAGGGUUAAUGCAUUUUAAUUAUGUCAUGGCAGUUAUACUC